AAUUGCAGGUGAAAACUUGUAUGUCAUGCAUCUAAUAAACAUCGCUUCAUAAUUUCAUUCCGUAGUGCCAAUAGAUUGAUGCGAUGUUGAGUGUUAAAGAAAGACUUUAGUUAAAAUUUAGUUUGUCUUCCAGCUCAAUCUUCCUAGUGAAUCAAGGUGACGGUGAUGAAUCAUUCAAAGGUUUCCUAUUCCUGAUAUUCAUUAGUUACUGGUCGGAAAAAGUCUACCUGAUUGAUUUUCAUGUCAGAUAUUCUACGCGUUCAUGGCUGACACCUCAGAAUCAGAGGUAGAAGACGACAACCUGCCAAACACUCCUGGUCAAGCUCUUCUGAAAGCCUGCAAAGACGGUCAGCUGGACGUUGUAAAACAACUGCUCAAGAGUGACGUCACUGCCGUGAAUGCUGCCGACGCAGACGGCUACACUCCCUUGCACCGCGCUGCGUAUAACAACCACAGCAUCAUCCUCAAGUUACUGCUGCACUACGGGGCGCGUGUAGACGCCGUGACGGUAGACGGGCGCUCCGCCCUACACUCGGCCUGUCACUGGGGGAGCCUGGAGUGCGUACGGCCGCUGGUGCGAGCACACGCUGACAUCAACGCCCAGACCUCGGGGGGGCAGACGCCCCUACACCUCGCCGCUGCCAACGUCCGCGCAGGUCGCACGCUGAAAUAUCUGCUCCGGCAGCCGCGGCUCAAGAAGGACAUCGUGAACGCGCUGGGGGAGACCGCCCGGGACCUCGCCCUGCGCUGCGGCCCUUACGCCCCCUUGUUCGACAGCGUCAAGCAGAAGCCCUUAGUGGAGGACUGCAGUGAUACACCUGCAGCGAUACAUCUCGAGGACUCAUCUGCCGACCUUGAGAACCCUUCUUCAGACCUUAAGAUCCAAUUUUCAGACCUUAAGAACCCUUCUUCAGACCUUCAGAACCCUUCUUCAAACCUUCAGAACCCUUCUUCAGAUAUUAAAAACCCUUCUUCAGACAUUAAGAACCCUUCUUCAGACCUUAAGAACCCUUCUUCAGACUUUAAAAACCCUUCUUCAGACCUUAAGAACUCGUCAGGUAUUAAGGAUUUUUCUUCGGACCUCAAGGACUCUUCGGCUGAACUUAGGAACCCUUCUGCAGGCAUUAAAGAUCCUUCCCUUGGUGAAAUUUCUCCUGCUAUUAGUGAUCCUUCAGCUGCCCUUGCAGACUCUCUUCCAGCUCGUGAUGUCACUGCUGCAGACACGUGUCCAGACAACCUGAUAACUGCCUGCGUUGAUGAAACAAGAAUAACUGAUAGUUGAUUGUGG